AUGUCGUCCAAGAAGCCCUCCGGCAAGACUCAGCGCUCCGCCAUCGCGGAUGUCGUCGCCCGCGAGUACACCAUCCACAUGCACAAGCGACUCCAUGGUGUCACCUUCAAGAAGAGGGCCCCCCGUGCUAUCAAGGAGAUCAAGGCCUUUGCCACCAAGUCCAUGGGUACCUCUGAUGUCCGCAUCGACCCCCAGUUGAACAAGAAGGUCUGGGAGCAGGGUAUCAAGGGUGUUGACUACCGACUCCGAGUGCGAAUUUCCCGACGACGAAACGACGAGGAGGGUGCCAAGGAGAAGCUGUACAGCUACGUCCAGGCUGUGAACGUCAAGAACCCCAAGGGUCUUGCCACAGUCGUUGUUGAGGAAUAA